AAGGAGCAUGUCUUCGGAAGGAGACGUUCCCUGGUUCUAUGUUCCAUAGAAAUCAGCCUGACUGUGGAAGCAGGACUUGGAAGAUCAUUCUUGGGGAUGGGAGGAAGAUGGAGUAAAACACUUCUACAAAGACAUUGUGGUGUGGACCUCAGUUUCCUCAGAGGUCACCCCCUAAGCCUUUGUCUAGGCUCAGGCUUUUUGGGAAAUCCCAGGCAGCUCCUCUGAGACCUGGCCUGUGACAGGUUGUAAACGGCCAAAGCCUCUCUAAACUCUAGCCACGGAGGUCAUCCUGGGAGCUCUGAAAGCCUUCUGGGAAGGCAGGGACAGGGAGGAAGGGGAAUGUCAAGAAUGACUUAGCAGGUGUUCUGGUUGUGCAAUAGCCAAGCUCAGGGAACCCAUACAAAAGCCAUGUGUGGCUGCAGAACCUCAUCUACUCAAACUCCCCAGGGACAUUUCUGUGCUCCUGUCUGUGACCAGGGUGAGUGUGAGUGGGAGCCCCAAGGGGCUCUGAGAGGACAAGGGAAUAGCUGACAGCUGGGAGGUGGAGGACAGGCAGAGGGAUAUGGAGGGAGCGGGGACUGAGGAAAGAGGGUCCUGCCUUGAUUCUGUGAUAUGCUGAGCAGAAGAAGACUCAGCCUGAACCAAGUCUGCAGAAAUCUGUCCUCACCUCAGACAUGUGUGGAACCCUCAAUUUGGUCAGGGGCAUUAUAGAAUGGGUAUAUCAGUAUGUGAAUGCUUUCUGCAGGCUUAGGAAGGAUAAGAAAUACUGGCUACUUAUUGUAUACAAGAAUGAGAAGCUCCUUACUAUGUCUGAUUGUUGAGACUGCAUAUUUUAUUCAGGGGAAAGAUUUCAGUUUUUUCUUUUCCUUACUGAUGUGUAUAUGCUAGAUGUCCUUGACAAUCACCAUAUGGUUUAAUUUUAAAAGAGAUCAAAUUAUCAUUCUUGCUUUAGAAAUCUAAAUAGUUUCAUUGCUAAUUUUCAGGUUGAAAAGUCCUGCUAAGAUGUCCUGCCAGCAGAGCCAGCAACAGUGCCAGCCCCUUCCCAAAUGCCCCCCCAAGUGUCCCACGCCCAAGUGCCCCCCAAAGUGUCCCCCAAAGUGCCCUCCAGUCUCUCCCUGCUGCAGUGGUAGCUCUGGGGCUGGCAGCUGCUGCCUGAGCCACCACCACAGGCCUCAUCUCUUCCACCGGCACAGGCACCAGAGCCCUGACUGCUGUGAGUGUGAGCCCUCUGGGGGUUCUGGCUGCUGCUCUGACUCUGGAGGUUGCUGCUGA